AGGUGAGCGGCGGCCAAUGGGCGAGCGCGGGGCAGGUGCCCGCUAACUCUCGCCGCACGGCGAGGCGGCCGGGGUCGGGCUGGGCAGUGCUGGGAGGACCGGGGGCGGGGGUCGGUCCCGGCUGGACUCGAAAGGGAAGCGGCCGGGCUCAGCCCCCAGGCCGUAGAGGUAGCUCGCAGCAUCGCACAGAACCCGCGCCCGUGCCCGCGCCGGGAGCUGCCCGCUCGGCCGCAGAGGCCGGCGUGCCUAGCUGCGCGCGGUGGCCGGACUCCGCGUUCGCUCGCUCGCAAGCCCCUCGCCGCUCCGCGCCAGGCUUGCCGGCAGGGGCUGAGCGCGGGCGGGCGGGCGGGGGAGGUGAGGGGCGCUAGUGUGUGUGCAUGUGCCUGGCUGGGUGCACACCCCGCACGGCGGCGGCGCCAGGACGCGGAGCGCUCCCCAGAGCCCGGCUGCCUCGCUCAGCUCUGGCGACCGCGACCAUGUUCCAGCCCACAGCCAAGCGCGGCUUUACCAUCGAGUCCUUGGUGGCCAAGGACGGUGGCGCCGGCGGGGGCACUGGCGGCGGGGGCGCGGGCUCCCAUCCCCUGGCGGCGGCCGCCUCAGAGGAGCCACUCCGGCCCACGGCACUAAAUUAUCCUCACCCCGGCGCGGCGGAGGCAGCCUUCGUGAGCGGCUUCCCGGCCGCCGCAGCUGCCGCCGCGGGCGCCGGACGCUCGCUCUACGGUGGGCCCGAGCUCGUGUUCCCCGAGGCCAUGAACCACCCUGCGCUGACCGUGCACCCGGCGCACCAGCUGGGCGCCUCCCCGCUGCAGCCCCCGCAUUCCUUCUUCGGCGCGCAGCACCGGGACCCUCUGCACUUCUACCCCUGGGUCCUGCGGAACCGCUUCUUCGGCCACCGCUUCCAGGCGAGCGACGUGCCCCAGGACGGGCUGCUUCUGCACGGCCCCUUCGCGCGCAAGCCCAAGCGGAUCCGCACGGCCUUCUCGCCCUCGCAGCUGCUGCGACUGGAGCGCGCCUUCGAGAAGAACCACUACGUGGUGGGCGCCGAGCGGAAGCAGCUGGCCGGCAGCCUCAGCCUCUCGGAGACGCAGGUGAAGGUGUGGUUCCAGAACCGGAGGACAAAGUACAAGCGGCAGAAGCUGGAGGAAGAGGGACCUGAGUCUGAGCAGAAGAAGAAGGGCUCCCACCACAUCAACCGGUGGCGCAUCGCCACGAAGCAGGCCAAUGGGGAGGACAUCGAUGUCACCUCCAAUGACUAGGGUGGGCAGCCACGAUCCCCUGAGGGCAGAGUGCUGCUCGCUCCUGGCCAGGCCCCCCCGUGGGCCCAGCUGGACUCUGGCCACUCCCCGGCCAGCGGCGGGGAGGCCUCAAGUCACAGCCCCCCGGGCUUGGAGCCUGGGGCCACCACCGGCAGAGGGACAAAAAUGGACUGGCUGAGGCCUGGACUGCUCGGCCUCCUCCUCGGAGAGCCUGCCUGCGUGCAGGCCGCCAUUACUGCAGCAUCCCAGCCCCUUUCCAUUUCUCUUUCUCCUUUUUGUCUUGAUGCAUUUCUGUUUAAUUUAUUUUCCAGACGCCCGCCGUAGUUCUUAGUGAGCCCCUUGUGUCUUCCUUCCCCAUGGGAAUAAUAAAGGUCUCUCUCUUAGUGA